AUGGUAGAAUCUUGUCAACUCCUAGAUAAAAGUAAUUCAUCACAAUUUACUGUGGAAGAAGCAAUAGAUCAUAUAGGAUUUGGAAAAUUUCAAAUAAAACUUGUUCUCAUAUGUGGCCUAUUUUCUGCAACAGAUGCUUUGGAAAUGUUGUUGCUAUCUGUACUGUCUCCCGAGUUGAGAUGUGAAUGGAAGCUGGAAGAUUGGCAAGUUGCUUCUAUCACAACAGUAGUUUUCAUUGGCAUGUUCUUUGGAUCAGCUGUGUUGGGUUCCUAUUGUGAUAAACUGGGCAGGUUGCCGGUGAUGAAGCUAGCUGCUGCACUGAUAUUAUAUUUCGGAUUGCUAACGGCAGCCUGUCCAAACUAUUGGUGGAUACUGGUCAUUAGAGGUCUUGUUGGGUUCGGAUUUGGCGGUGGCAUUCAAUCCUUCACACUGCUUUGUGAGUACCUACCAUCGAAGUACAGAGCAAAGAUAUUGACCAUGUACAAUAUCAUGUGGUCGUCAGGGGCUCUCUUUGAAAUCUUCAUGGCCUACCUGAUCAUUCCAACACUCGGCUGGAGAGUGCUUGUCAUUGUAUCUGCUCUGCCAAGUCUCAUCACUCUGCUUACUAUUUGGACACUUCCGGAAUCAGCUCGUUAUCUCUUAAGUCUUGGCAAAACUAAAGAAGUAUUGAAAGUUUUGGAAUAUAUCGCAAAAUCAAAUGGCUCACAGGUUCCCAGAGGCACCUUGAUCUAUAACAAAAAGCUAGUGAGAGGUUCCUUCAAGGACCUUUUUAACAAGGAGUACUUCAGAACCACAGUGCAACUCAUGAUUGUCUGGUUCGGAGUUGCCUUCGUUUACUACGGUGUCAUCUUAUCUCAGUCGGAAAUUUUGGAGAUGGGAGGUGUUUGUGGAGAAUGGAAAUCGAAGCAAGAGGGAUGCAAGUGCUCUCGACAUCACUGGUCCGAUUACGUCAGCAUGAUUGUUGCUACUUUUGGAGAAUUUGUUGUUUUGCCGCUGAACUUUCUGAUGGUGGACAAGAUUGGUCGCCGAAUGACCAUUGCAUCCAACUUUUUGAUUGCUGGGAUAUUCUAUCUGCUUGUACAGAUUUGUGCCAACGUUACCUUACUAACAGCAUUGAUGUUUGGUGUCCGGACAUUCAUAACUGGAGUCUUCAACACCAUAUACAUUUACACAGGGGAGGUGUUUCCAACGACUGUCAGAUCAUUUGCAUUGGGAUCGUGUAGUGCCAUGGGAAGGAUUGGUUGCAUGAUAACACCUUUCAUAGCUCAGGUUCUCAUGGGUUUUUCACUGCAACUAGCCAUCUGGUUGUAUGGUUUGCUAUGUAUAUUGUGUGCCAUCGUCACCUACUGUCUGCCCAUAGAAACCAGAGGAAGGGAAAUGCCAGUAAGUUUCGCAAUAUCUAAACUUUUUAAUUUUUAUAUGACCCCCCUAACAAAAACUUUUUCUAGCAAUCACACGUCAGCUGACACAAGUCGAGGCGUCCCUUGA